GGCAAGCGGAGUGAGUUAUAGUUCAAUGUUUAUAAAGCAAAGACGAAUAAUUUCCCGACGGGAGACAAAGAGGUAGCCAUGUUGACUAUUGGUCUCAUGAAGUUGAAGGCGAUCUAAGGAUCUUGAAUCCGUUGUUGUCGCUAUAUUUAAUGUGCCUUUGGCGACCACAGAGUACUACUAUUUGUAACAUAUAUAUACCAGGCAAGCGGUGCCAUCUUCAAACAGAGAGUAGCGAAAGAUGGGAAGGGAUGAGGGUGGGUUGGGAUUGGGGAUACAUUUUGCAGUUGAUCGAACCGAGGGUAUCCUCGGGUUUAGCAAUAAACGAGCAGAAGCACGAACCAAUAUUCGCCGCGUUAAGUCUGACAUUGAUUGUAUUACUACCCCCAUCCCCCUCCUUGCUACUUGGUUGUUCGACGUUUUGGAACUUGGGCACUUUGUGGUGUUCGUUCUAUCUAGGCUCUCGGACGGUAACGCAGUGAUCGAGGACACUAAGUCGAUCUUGGUAGAGGGUUACUGAACCUCGCUGGACAGUCUCGAUCGAGGCGUUGAAUAUGGUGGCAUCUGUCCCCAGCCAUUCAAUUGAGUCGGUCGAGCCGCGUCCGGA